AUGCUAGCUGGUGGUCAAGCUCUGCGUCACUUUUCUACUGCAACACAGAGCCAAAAAGUGUGUGGUCCUGCAGUCAAACUUCUGCUCAUUCAAUAUGGCUUGGAGAACAGAAACAUUGAAGGAAGUGGCCCCAAAAACAAAAAUAUUUUAAAAAGCGAUGUAUUGAAAAUUGUGGAAGCUGAAAAACUGAAGCCAGUGGCUCAUCAAGUUCAUGCACCAAAAGAGACACAUGUAGAGAAAAAAUCCAUUGAAAAGAAGUCCGACAUUUUCGGGGCCAACAACCGAAGUCUUCGUCACCAUCAAGAUAUUCCACUUUCCAAUAUCCGAUCAGUGAUUGCAAAACGGUUGACUGCUUCUAAACAACAAGUCCCCCAUGAAUAUCAAGGAAUCGAUGUGCGGAUCGAUGAUAUUUUGGCGUUACGUCAGAAGUUGAAGAAGAGUGGAACCGCGGUUUCUCUCAAUGAUUUUAUAAUCAAAGCAGCUGCGCUCGCAUUGAGAUCUGUCCCAACUAUCAAUGUCCGGUGGACCCCCGAAGGAAUCGUUCGUCUUGGAUCAGUCGAUAUUUCUGUGGCAGUUGCCACUCCAACCGGUUUGAUCACUCCAAUCGUUAAAAAUGCCGACGUUUUGGGUGUUCUUGCUAUUUCUAGUGAGGUCAAGGAACUGUCAGGAUUGGCUAGAGAGAGCAAACUGAAGCCAGAACAAUUCCAAGGAGGAUCUUUCACAAUCUCGAAUCUUGGAAUGUUCGGAAGUGUAUCUAAUUUCACCGCUAUCAUCAAUCCUCCACAAUGUGCUAUCCUGACGAUUGGAGGUACUCGUACAGAAGUCGUUCCGAGAAACGGAGAAUUGGAAACACAGAAAUUAAUGGGUGUAAACAUUUGUUUCGACGGUCGUGCUAUCUCUGAAACCUGUGCAAAACAAUUCCUCCUUCACUUUUCGGAGUCCCUUUCCGAUCCGGAAUUGCUCAUUGCUGAGCCAAUUUCACCAGAGCUUGACUUUGAUUUUUCGCGUUUAUUGUAG